AUGGCCCUCCCGCAGGGCCCAGCAGAAGGCAGUCAAGCCUCGGGGGACCCCUGCCCCUGUGCCAGCUCUCCAGGACCUAGCAGGGACCCUGUCAGCCCCACAGCCGACAGGAGAGCACGCCUCCGGGAGCUUGAGGCCCAGGUGCAUGCGGCCUACGGUCAGGACCGGGAGUUGCGACCAGAAGAGAUUGAAGAGCUGCAGACCGCCUUCCAGGAGUUCGACCGGGACCGGGAUGGCUACAUCGGCUACCGGGAGCUGGGCGCCUGCAUGCGGACGCUGGGCUACAUGCCCACCGAGAUGGAGCUCAUUGAGAUUUCCCAGCAGAUCAGCGGCGGGAAGGUGGACUUCGAAGAUUUCGUGGAGCUGAUGGGCCCCAAGCUGCUGGCGGAGACGGCGGACAUGAUCGGGGUCCGGGAGCUGCGGGACGCCUUCCGGGAGUUUGACACCAACGGCGAUGGGCGCAUCAGCCUGGGUGAGCUGCGGGCAGCACUCAAGGCCCUGCUGGGCGAGCGUCUCAGCCAGCGGGAGGUGGACGAGAUCCUGCACGACGUCGACCUCAACGGGGACGGCCUGGUGGACUUUGAAGAGUUCGUGCGAAUGAUGUCUCGUUGAGUCUGCGCAGAAGGUGGAGUAGGUCUGCCGCAAGGGACCACAGCCCCCGGACCUCCUGCCAGAGACCCUGCAGCUGCUCUCUGCCCCAGUGCAGCGCUCACCGCCUCAGCCCCAGCCCAGCCUUCCACCCAGCCCCGUGCUGUCUCGGCAAUAAAGUGUCU